AGGCAGGAAGUGGUGGAGCGAGAGAAGGAGGAAGUGCAGCGGCUACUGAGGGAGGCACAGAAAACAGUGUGGAGGAGGAGAGAGGGAUUCCAGGAGAGGAUAGGAGAGGACAAGCUGAGGGGAGAGAGAAGCGCAGAGAGAGGGAGAGAGACUGUACAGGAGGUGAUCUGGAGGAAGAGAGAGGAAGAGGGGGAGAAAGCCAAGGCCAUCCAGAGAGGACACGAGACCAUCUGGAGGAAGAGAGAGGGGGAGUGAGGAAAAGGGAGAGGGAGUGAAAGAGUACAGAGGAGGAAGAGUUCAAUUACUUAGGAGUAUUCUCCAGCAGCCUUGGAACCUGAAAAACAAAGCUGCUCACAGAAGAGAAAGAGGGAUAAAGAGAGAGAGGAAUAAAAAGCAGGAGGGAUAGAGAGAUUUUCCCUGGCAGAAUUGGUGUUUGGCCAUAGAUCAGCAGGUCUUAACAGAACUUUGCUAUAUUAAACUCUGCAGAUAAUCUUACUCUGUUGUAUCGACCCUUCACUGCUGUGUCUUGGCAGUGUGUGUGUGUGUGUGUGUGUGUGUGUGUGUAUCAGCACUGUGUGUGUGUGUGUGUGUCGGCCCUAUAUGUGUGUGUCCCUUCUGAUCUACUCGUUGGCAGCUGAUAGGGAUUUUAUGGGCCCGUGUCAGGCAAGAGAGGCUAGUGAGCUACUGCCCCGACAGACACGCUGAAACGCGCACACACACACACCACAGACUCACACACGCUGUGCCAUUUACAGGCAGUAGAGUAGGUUUCUACUCCAACACAUGCUAACAGACACAUGAGGGUAGGCCCCUUGAUGCAGUAACUCAUACCACCUGAGUGUCUGUGUCAAUAGACAAUCACAUUCUGAGGUUGUAUGUGGAAUCUCCAUGGUGCUCAAAGAUGAACAACUGGACUUAAGUGCCAUGCUACAUUAGUUGACAUGCUGAUGUGCUCAAACAGCAUUUUUCAGAACAGGUGCUACAUACUUGAUCACAAAAAUCCUUUUUGAUUCUGUCUAUUGGAAAGUGGCAUUCAUUUCUGUGGAUUGAAAGUCAUAAAAUGUUGUAAGACUGAUAGUGUAGACACCAAACAACUGAGUAUCACUCCAUCAGUGUGCUGGGUUAGACUCUUAGAGAGUGAUACCCUCUGAUCUUCAAUCGCUCCUCUUGCUGCUCUCCUCUGUCUUGUAGAUGAAGGUGUUUCUUGCGCAGUGUCUGCUGCACUGCCUGACAAUGACGGGAGGAUAUAAAACGGGGCGGACGGAUGGACAACGGUCACUGAGAGGGAAAGAAAGACCCGUGUGUUUUUGAGCGAGAGACUGAUAAUACAGAGAAAGAGAGAAUGAACCACCAUUGUUGUUUAGACUGAAUCACACCAGUGUGUGUGGACUUGUUAGAGAAACACUGAAAUAACAUCGAACAUCUCAGAUCCAUGAUGGAGCUGGUCCCUAAAACUAAGUACACUCACUUCCGGAGUGAAUCUCUCAGUUCGAAUGACGAUACCAACUCCAACCCUUUCUCCCUCCCCCCUUCCACCGCCGCAACCCCCCUCACCCCUCCUGGGCUACCCUCCUCCCUCUCCUCCUCCUCUCUCACCCCCAUCCUCCCCCCUUCCUCCCCCCGCCGGGCCGAGAACAGCCCCACCACGCUCUGUUCCUUCUUCCCCAGGAUGGGAGCCCUUCGCCUGGGCAUCUCUGCUACUCUACUCCCAGGCCUCAAGGUCUCCAGCAGGCCUCAGCAGGCUCAAGCCCCCAUGGGGUCUUCAGGGGGUAACAGUUCCAGCUCUCCCACUCCUCACCCCCCUCCCUGUCUAACAGCCCCCUCUCCCCUCCAUCGCCCCCCUCUGCAGGAUAUGAACCGGCUGGGUGGGGCGUCCAGGAGGGCGCGGGUGGAGGGGGGGCAGCUGGGGGGAGAUGAGUGGACACGCCACGGCUCCUUCGUCAACAAGCCCACCAGAGGAUGGCUACACUCAGACCAUGUGGUCAGCACCACUGGGGUCGCCUACUCAGUACGGUAUAUGGGCUGUGUGGAGGUGCUACAGUCUAUGAGGGCGCUGGACUUCAACACCAGAACUCAGGUCACCAGAGAGGCUAUCUCAGUGGUGUGUGAGGCAGUGCCUGGAGCCAAAGGAGCCCAACGCAAGAGAAAGCCGUCGUCUCGCUGUAUGACGUCCAUUCUGGGGAAACGUAACCUGCAGUUUGCUGGGAUGACCAUCAGCCUGACGGUCUCUACCAGCAGCCUCAACCUGCUGGCCUCUGACUGCAAACAGAUAAUAGCAAAUCAUCACAUGCAGUCCAUCUCUUUCGCUUCUGGAGGAGACCCAGACACAGCAGAGUAUGUAGCAUACGUGGCCAAAGACCCAGUCAACCAGAGAGCGUGUCAUAUCCUGGAGUGUUCGGAGGGCUUGGCCCAGGAAGUCAUCAGUACCAUAGGGCAGGCCUUCGAACUACGCUUCAAACAGUACCUGAAGAACCCCCCCAAACUGGUCACCCCCCAUGACAGGAUGGCUCCGUUUGAUGGCUCAGCAUGGGAGGAAGAGGAAGAUGAGGGAGCACCGCCCCCUGCAGAUGUUCCGUACUAUAAUAACUUCCCCGGGAAACAACCUCCUCCUGGGGGACUGGUGGACAUGAGGGCCCGCCCUGUGGCUACGCUGCCCUAUGGACAGCCGGGUCAGAAUGAUAUUCACAAGCAGCCGCUUCCCCCUCUACCAAUGGGAGCAAAGGAGGGAGGGCGGGACCUGUGUGAUGACCCCUCAUACGUCAAUGUGGAUAAACCCCGCCUCGCAACAGCUGCAGCCAAUGGCAAUGCUCACAGAGAUGCGUUCGACAUGAAGCCUUUUGAUGAUUCCCUGGGUGUAUCAGGUCUGGGGGUCUCAGCGGCGCCCCCUCUGGUGGAACAGCUGCAGUGCGAGGCCUGGUUCCACGGCAGCCUGAGUCGCAGGCAGGCUGAGAGACUGCUGACCCGUGACGGAGACUUCCUGGUCCGAGAGUCAGGCACCACCCCUGGACAGUACGUCCUGACUGGACAACAGGGGGGUCAGCCCAAACACCUACUACUGGUCGACCCAGAGGGAGUGGUACGUACCAAAGACCACCACUUUGAGAGUGUGAGCCACCUGAUCAGUUACCACAUGGACAACAGACUGCCCAUCGUAUCAGCAGGCAGUGAGGUGUGUCUGCAACAACCAGUGGAGCACAGGGCCUGAACACACACACGCAGAAAUGCAACACACACACACUCUCAGAAACACUACACACAUAAGCAGUGCUGACAACAUUAAGGAAAGCCAAAAAAAACACCUCUAACUCUUUCUGCCAAAAUCAUUUGCUCUCUGCUUUUCCUCACACCCUUCUCUCCUCCUUGACGACUCACUGUUACCUCCGUGAUCCCUCCUUCUGUUCAUCCUUCCGUCAUCGAGGUCCACUCCCUCCAUCCCUCCAAAGAACGUGGGAGUAACACCUAGGAACACUUUAUUUUCCUUCUCAUCGGGACAGAAAUGAAUACAAUUUAGUAAAAAAAUGGAGCAUUAUUAAUUAAAUCAUGCCAUUCAUUCAGAAAUGAUUAUAUCAUAGUAAAGGACUAUGCACCUUGGAGGGGAGGAGUGAAACGUAGAGAAAGGAAUGGAGGGAGAGGUCUUGAUCCAGACAUGGCAGAGGAAACAGUUUCUCUCACCGUCACAGAAGCACUCCAAAGACUUGUCUGAUGAUUGGACUCAUCAGAGAGCUCAGACAUGGAUCCUCCAAUCAAAUAUCAGUGGAACACAGGAACAGCCAAUCAAAUAUCAGUGGAACACAUGAAUAACCAAUCAUGACUGAGAUCAGGCCUCCUGUUAAUAUGCAUUGACAUUUUUGUGUCCACACCAAUCAGGGCCCUCGCUUACCAUCAAGCCACUUCCAAUAAAAUACCUUUCAUCUUUGACCAUUGACCCUGAGUGAUACCUGAUGAUGUCACGGAGGACGUCUCUGUAUGCAAAAAGAGGGUUGCUAUACCAACAGCCAUUGUCUCCGUCUGUCCAAAUAUGGACAAGGUUUCUUUCCGGCCUCCGAAGGUGGAGUUUGAUAAAAGGAUGUCCGACAUCCGCCUGUCUGUCUGCAUGGGACUGGUCUCCCUGUCUGUCUGCAUGGGACUGGUCUCCCUGUCUGUCUGCAUGGGACUGGUCUCCCUGUCUGUCUGCAUGGGACUGGUCUUUCCUUUCUGUCUGCAUGGGACUGGUCUUACCUUUCUGUCCUGAUCAUGACAAAGAAAGUGGACUUGGUUGGACUGGGGCAGCAGAAACCAUGGAGAUGACUCCUACACCAACAUACAGUGUGCUAGUCUGUAUCUGUCAUGUGUACUUUCAUUGGGAGUAUAGUGUCUUUACAUAGAGAGGGAUGGAGAGAAGACUGGGAAGGGGCAGGAGGCCAGGGGGAGGUUCCACAUCUAGAGAUGUCAUCAGACCUAGACACGAUGUCAUCUGAAAGAGCUCAAAACCAAUUCUACGACGAUGUCACAGUCAACCCAAAUGCGGCUGUCACAAUUUAAUCGGUGCUGUGUUGGAAUCGUAGUUCGGAUUAAUGCCAAUAUUUUCUUGCUUUUCAAUGGAUUUGUUGUUAAUAUCUGCUUGCCUUGACAAUCUAUGGCCAUGUCUCUGUCUGGACGGGUGGGGAGUGGAGAGGUUGGGGGGCAUACUGGAUGAAGUGUGUUUAAUGCCGAAAGCGUUCGGUCCAGAGCAUUCAAAGCAUAGAUUUUAUCUCCUCCCCAAAUGUGCUGCAACACUUGGUCAGGAGAUUAGCUUUUAGCGUUAGCAUUAGCGUAAGCAUUAGUGUGUGAUGUGUUUCUUGUCAGCUCACUGCAGGGAAAACUGCAGUGUUGUUCACAACAAAAUCUGGGAGCUUCGCGAACGUUGGUCAGACGUUGGACUUUGACGUGUUGUUUUCCUUGGAAUUAGAAGAUGGUAGAGGGAGAGAACGUGGAGGAAUCAUCCUCUCCCUCCUUCUCUUCAUGAUAUGUUUUGUAUCUUUUACUCGUGCCUUGUUUCUUCGAUGCAGUCACCUCACUCCAGUGCAGUCUGUCACCUAAUGUACUGUGCUUAUUGUACAGUCAGUUGAUGUACUUAAUCCAAAUGUAGUGGACCGUUGGAUCCUGUCACAUGGUCUCUCAGUCCAUCAAAGACUCUGCAAAAAGGACACUGACUCUCACCACCCAGGUCCAGUGAUGCCAAUCCGCUCCUCUAUUGCACAUUCAUUCUUACUUCCUGUUGUCACUUGUUGUUGUCACGGUUGCUUGAUGUCGCAGCUCUCAUUAGAGGGAUUUCCACUCCACCUGUAAAUAACAUCAGAUCUGAUUGGUUGGUUUGAGUUCUUGGUUCUGAAAUGAAAGUCUUUAUUGUUUAGAUGUUAUUAAUAACAUGGGUGGGACAGAACCAGAUACUGUAUUUCACAUGUAAUACCCACGGAAUACUUUUCUCUCUGAAUCUAAUUCAUUUUGAUUCUAGCCAAUGAACCAUGUCCAGGUUUUUGAGGGAGGCUGAAACCAAACUGUAAAUGUGGAAGUGAAGAGUAAACUGGGAUCUGCCACCUGCUGUACAAAAUAUUUCUGUCUCAUCAGUAGGGUUGCAAAAUCCUGUGGUUUUCCAGAAAUCCUGGUUGGAGGAUUCACGGAAUUCCUGUUUAUUCGCUUGUGUAAUUCUAGGAUUAUUUUAACCAGGAUUUCUGGGAAACUGGGGAAUUGUUUUAUUCAUCUUUCUCAUCGUGCUUGUGUGUGUGUUGUGAGAGAGGAUGUGUGGAUGAUCAGAGUUUAUGGUUGGGAGUGUAGGGGGUUGUGUAGUUCUUACAUGGUGGCACUUGUGCUCUGUGUGUGAGGCCUUUGCUUCAUUCUGUCACAAACACACAGACUGUUAGACACAGACUGUUUAAGUGACUAUAGGUCCUGGAUAGGCAACAAGAAAACAAGUAUACAAACCCCAAGGUGUGUGUGUAAAAGGAAUCAUCUAUCCUCUACAUAAUUUGUGAAACAUUCUAGCGUUGUCAUUGUUCAUCACAGUUGCCUUUGUUGCAUGGAAAUCAUUUUUUUUACAGUUUCUAUAUUGUUGUUUUGAUGUACUUUUUAAUUUGAGUUUUGAAAGCCAAAGGGUUAUUUUCAAUUAGCCUUCACAAAUAUAUUGAUUUAAUUUUUUACUUUUUACAGUUCUGUUGUAAUGCUCUUGUUCUUUUGGGGGAAAAUACAUCUGUUUACACCUGUACCUGAAAUCACAGAUUGCAUAUAAAUGCAUAUGUCAUGAAUCUUUCUUGGUGAGUUUGGCUUUAAAAUGCAGUUUCUGGAUUUACA